UACUGCAAAAAACUAUUACCAACAAAGCUAUGUUCAUGAUAAAAUUCCUGUUUCACAGUCAGGUUUUGAUGUUGAAUUGUUGUCAAAUGUUAAGUUCAACAGUGAUGACCUUAUCAGGGAGUUUGUUAAGAAAAUUAUUCCUAACCAUGGUCUUAAAGAAAAUUGUACAGAGGGCAUUGAACUUGUUCCAGAAAUAGAGGAUGUUUUGAUACCUCUUGCUGAGAUUUAUUAUGAUAAGUUCAGAUCUUUCUUUGAUAACAUUCCCUGUGAAACAAAGAAACAUUUGGGACAAGGACUUGAUGGCCGACAGAAGCAAUCUAAAGAAAAACAUUUGAAUAUUGAAACUUUUGGACGAGGCCCGAAUGUUGACGGAAGAAAUUGUGGUGACUAUCGCAAUUGCGAUUCUAGAAGAGGCUGA